UCUGUCCUGUUUGCAGAGAAGCAUCCGCUACAGUGUGAGACAAUUGAUGAAGUAUUUGUUCUUGACGAAGCCGAUCGUUCUCCUUACAAUUACCUUCACAGUCACUACUCUCUAUAUCGUCUACUUCCAGGAAAGCCCAACUCCUCGACGACCAGACUCCAUGGCUCGAAGCUUUGUUCUAUGGCUUCACGGUUUGGGCGACUCAGGCCCUGCAAAUGAACCCAUCAAGAAUUUCUUCACUUCUCCUCAAUUCAGAAAUACCACCUGGUCUUUUCCCUCUGCUCCUUCUAGACCUGUCUCCUGCAAUUAUGGUGCUGUGAUGCCUUCUUGGUUUGACAUUCAUGAGAUACCUGUGGCAGCUGAAUCUCCAAAAGAUGAAGAUGGAUUGCUUAAAGCAGUUCAAAAUGUUCACGCAAUGAUAGACAAGGAGGUAGCUGCUGGCACAAAUUCUGAGAACAUUUUCGUCUGUGGAUUUAGUCAAGGAGGUGCCUUGACCUUAGCGAGUACAUUGCUGUACCCAAAAACUCUAGGUGGAGGUGCUGUCUUUAGUGGCUGGGUUCCUUUUAAUACAUCUGUGUUAGGACAGAUUCCACCAGAUGCAAAGAAGACUCCUAUUUUGUGGUCCCAUGGUAUCGCCGACAGUACAGUGUUAUUUGAAGCUGGGCAAGCAGGUCCUCCAUUACUGGAACAAGCUGGGAUAACCUGCGAGUUUAAGGCUUACCCAGGUCUUGGCCAUUCAAUAAGCAACGAGGAACUGCGAUACCUUGAAUCAUGGAUCAAGACACGUCAGCAGAGUUCUUCAUAAAAGAUUUGUUAUCCCUUGAAAGUUUAAACUGCCACCUGUUUAUUAUCCUGGGUUUGUGUGAUUGAUUCGUAUGCGCAUCAAUUUUGUGACAUACACCAAGAUAAUGUGUACCGUUGACAAAGUUAGCUUUCAAUUA